UUUACUUUUAGCCAUUCACAACACAACACAACACACAUUAUCAUAAUCAGAUUAGAUUCAGAUUUCAGAUUUCAGAUUCACAAUGAGAGAACAACACAAUUUUCAAAAUGCCCACCCUCUCUAUCUCAAACCAAACAUUUCCUGCAUAAUUGAGACUUGAGAGAUUUUUAUUUUUUGUUUUUUUCUGGGGUGGAGUCAUUUUCACUCCGAAUUCUCUUUCACUAUUCCCCAUCUCUCAUUCGGUUCAAAAUUCCAAAAUUUGCCGAAAUUUCCACUUUUUGGAAGUAAAAGUUCUGAUCUUUGAACGGCAAUCUGUGCCAAGAGGCUUUCCAAACGAAACCAGUGGAGUCAAGCAACAUGCAGAGUUCAAGUUUAUUUAUGAGUAUUGGAUUGCUGAUGUUUCAUGUUUGAUCUCAAUUCUUAUAUUGGCAUGGUUCCUGAGAUAUGGUGCCGCAGAAGAGGUUAGACUAUAGCUUUAAUGGCUAUCAGGUUCCAACCAAGCGCCGUGCUACCCGAUCUGCUAGGAGGAAUGCUACAUUUCAAAGAAGGUUGGAAGACAAUCAAAUGUGUGCAUUUGACUUAUUGGCCACCGUAGCUGACAAUUUAUUGCAAGAGAAACACAAUCCAUCGACAUCUAGUGAUAGAUCAUCGCAAAAGAAUAGGGAUGGAUUUGUUAAAGAGGAGUGCCUGGAUGCAAAUAAACCACUCAAAGCGGAGCUUUCUGAUGAAGCAAGUUGUGACAGAAGAUACCAGAAUGAAUUUGUUAAAGAAAAUAAACCAUUCAAAGCUGAGCUUUCCGACGAAGGAAGUAGUGACAGAAAAUGCUUCUCUAAUAUUUCGUCACAAGUAUACAAUCAAAAGGGCUGUUCGAAGGAACAAUUGCAACAUGAAAAUGAUGGCCAUUCAUGCAUUGCUUCUAUAGUAACAAGUUCUAGUUGCUCAGAGAGGUUUGUUGCUGAGACACCGGUGGAUGGAAAAGGCCAAAAUGGAAUGGAAAAUUCAGCUAGCAAAGUUGAAUUAGGUUCCUCUGGAUGUCCAGAGAGUAGCGGUUUCAAGUUAGAUGGUGAUGUAAGUAAAAUAAAAGAUGAGCUGCAUAAGCUUGGGAAGGUUCCCAUUGAUACCGGGACUGAGUUGUGCUGUUUUGAGGCCUUGGAUGAAAAACCUCCAGCACUGAUCAAUUCAUGUGGCAAUGUCAAGUUGUCUGGGUAUGAUGACAGCAUGCCUCAGAGCUCAUUGUCCAAAGGUUGUGACAAUGUUCUAGUAUAUAGUAGAGAUGAUGACGAAAACUUUUCUGGGUGUGCUCACCCUAGUACCAAAAUAAAGUCCUUUAGGCCAAUUACUUUUAUAGAUGAUAGAAAAAUAAAUAAAAGAUUGGCUUCUAAAUAUCAUGAAGUUGCUCAAGAAUCAAAGCAUGAUACACUGUCUAACAGUGUUUUGGAUGGAAAUAUGAAGCCAGUUUACAGCAGUAGGAAGAACUAUUAUAAAAGCCAAAGAUCUCAAAUGAACAUUCCUUUCAAAAAGAGGAAGAUUUUUAACUGUAGCUCUGAUACAAAUUCUAAUGGAUAUAUCAGAAGAGGUGACACCUAUUAUUCACCCAAGAAUGACACGAAUCAAAGUUUUUCUUGUUCAUCUUCUGGGAUGAGCAAAGAUCAUGGAACAUCAUCCUUGGAUCACUCUGCAUUACGAUCUGGAGAUUCUCAUGUGAAGCUUAGGAUCAAAUCAUUUAGAGUGCCCGAGCUUUUUAUUGAGAUUCCAGAAACUGCAACCAUUGGAUCCUUGAGGAGGACAGUGAUGGAGGCAGUGACUGCGGUACUUGGAAGUGGAUUACGUGUAGGUGUGAUUCUCCAUGGGAAGAAGGUUAGAGAUGACAAUAAAACUCUACUUCAGACUGGAAUUUCUCAUGAUAACCACCUGGAUGCUUUGGGCUUCACCCUGGAGCCUAAUUCUUCCCAAAACAAAUCACCUGCAUGUGCUACAGAUUCUCUCUGUGUUCCUAGUGCAGACAUGCCUCAGCCUUUAAUAGGGUACACUUCAAGUCCUGCUGUAAUUCAUCAGAGGAUUCAAUGCUUUUCUAACAUGUUAGCUGAGCAUCAAAUAGCCGGUUUAGGUAACCUUGUUGAAAGUGAUCAUGAUUCAGCACCUUCACCCAUCAACACAUCUGGUGAAAAAAAAUUUAAAGAUUCCAAAGAGCUGAUUAAUGUUCCUGAAAUGGGUAUGGAGGCACUAGCUGUGAUACCUGUGCAUCAGAAAUCUAAGCGAACUGAGAUUGCACAGCGCCGAAUUCGUAGGCCUUUUUCGGUUGCUGAAGUGGAAGCACUCGUUCAAGCAGUUGAGAAACUUGGAACUGGAAGGUGGCGUGAUGUUAAACUUCGUGCUUUUGAUAAUGCAAAGCAUCGGACAUAUGUGGAUUUGAAGGUUGUUGGGUGGCACGCUUUCUUCUAUAAUCUUCAUCAUCCAAUAACUUUUAUUUAAAACCAAGUAGUUGCUGUUUCAAGGCAAGUACUUGUAUAUUAGGCAAACUAUUUUUGCUUCAUUAAUGAUCUCUUGCUUUGGUUCCAAUAUUAACCGGCCAGACACGACAUCUGCUGUACAUGUUCAUCGCCUAAUGCCUAAUGUUUUUCCUAGUUCUAGCUACUUGAUUUAACGUUUACCAAAAUAGAAUUUGAUCUAUGAAAAUUUAAUUAUCAUAUCCUUUUUCUGUAAAGUUAGGUAGUGAUAGAAUCCAAAAGAAAGAACUGGGUCACUUUCACUAGUACUCCAUCUGGUCCUUUAUACAAAGAAAAGCAAAUUUUUUUUUUCUAGUCCUAUUUAUAAGAAACAAACUCACCUUGAGAUGUACCAAUUGUUAAUUUCUUUUAUUCGCUUUAUUUAUUGUGAAAUUUAUUAGUAAGACACCUACUUACCUUUUAUGCAAGUUGAAGUAUUUAUUGAUUUAUUAACAAGUUAUGGACAUCAGUGGAAAGGUGUAAUGUCUCAAUAUAAACACUAUUUAAAUUAUUCAAUUCAAUGGAUAUUUUUGGCAUAAGACAUUAUUAGUGAAAAUUAAUUAUCUUUUCUGUUUUUAUCGAUCUUUGUGACUUAGUUAUUUAUUUCUUGAAAAAUAUUAACAAGUGUCUUUAAGACACUAGUUAAGGAAUCAAAAGUAGAAAAGUUUUAUUAAAAAGUGUAUCUGUAUAUUUUCUCGUGGAACUUUAUUGCAGUUUUUAACAAGGAAAAAAAAAAACAUUUUGAUUCCUAAGGACACCGGUUAGCAAGAACUUAAUUUCUUUUAUAAAGGACUAGAAGGACUAUGAUUUUGGUUGCCCCCUUAGAGAAAAGGUAUUGGCAUAUGAUUUAGGUAUGGGAUAGUGCAGGAUAAAUGGAAAACACUGGUGCACACAGCAAGGAUAUCCCCUCAGCAAAGGAGGGGAGAGCCAGUUCCUCAAGAACUUUUGGAUAGGGUCCUAACUGCCCAUGCAUAUUGGUCCCAGCAGCAAACUAAGCAACACCUCAGGCACCACUCAAAACCUUGCCUUCUUCUUUAAUAGACACCACCACGUGGCUUGUAGAUGGGUUGGCUCUUCAGCUUUAUGACCCUUAGUCAUUAACACUACCAUUUAUUACUUUGUCUUACUGUAUUUAUGGAAUAUGUGUUUACCACUUUCCUUUUUUAGUACUAUGUCACUUCAUCUAUUAUGUAAAGAAAUGAUACCAUAACAAUGUGAAGAAGCUAUAGAAA